AGUCACAUGAUUGUCUGUUUAGUCCUUCCUGUUUUAGAGGCGUAGAGAGAAAAUUUUUGUCUCUAUCGAAGAUUUUCGGACGUUUAUUUACCACAAUCAUGUUUUCUUUCUUCCAAAGAAUUUUAGAUUGGUUUAAGAGUUUAUUUUGGAAAGAAGAAAUGGAAUUGACUCUAGUUGGGCUACAAUAUUCAGGAAAGACAACGUUCGUUAAUGUUAUUGCCGUAAGUUUAACUGGAUGAAAUCGAAAAUUAUAAAUACUACGACGACGACUACUACCAGGCUACGGCUACGAGGCCUAUUUAUUAAAUUAAUAUUCCACCUGACGUCAGACUUGUCGAUUGAAUGACAACUUGUUUUGAUAUAAAGAUCUAUAGAAACUUUUUUUUUAUUGUUAUGUCUUCCCCCAUUCAAUGUCUGAUGAACGAAACAAUUUUAAAUAUUAAAUUUAUGUAAGUGUAGGGGCAGGGGUAGGCUUAAAUCCUAAAUAAAAAAAUGUAUGAUUCAUGUAUGUUAUUAUUGCCAUUACCUGAAUCAUUCAUUACCAAGAUUUAACUUUAAUUAUUAUAAUUAUAUAACUAACAUUAUUAAUCAUUAUUAUUUUACUUUGACAAAUGAAGCUUAGAAGAACGAAAUAGAAAGUAGGUUUAAGUAGUUUAAGUUUAAGUAAACUAUAAAACCCCACAGGAAAAGGACAUUACUCAUUAAAUUACUAAAUUACUGAUAGAAAUUGAUACUGAUUUUACUCUCUAAAACCAUUUCUACGUCUAAGCAAUUGAAAGGAAUGGAAUUUUUACUUGACUUAUUGAAUUGUCUAUUACUAAUAAUUAGACCCAUUUUCUUUCUUAACUCAACAAUAACUUAAGUGAUGUCUUGGAAUCAGAAGAAGAUCCCAACUUGUUGGUAACACUAGUAACAGUAACAACUUGUCUGGCUUGUGUAACAAUACAGUGACAUUGAUAUUCAAUACUUAAGUUAGGCCUACAAGAACACUAAAUCAUCACGAACAGUUCAAUAGUAAUGACAUUAUUAAUGUAAAACAAUCUGUCAUUGAAUUUCCUUUACUUUUAUAAAUUAUAUUAGGGUUAUGUCCGGGCUAAAUUAGGCCUAAGCCAAAAUGUAACUUAGGCCAUUUAGGCUUACUUAUAUGAAUAACUAUGUAUAGGUUACAUACAAGGGCCUAAUUUAUAUUAGGCCAAGGCCCUGUAGUGGUGUAGCCUGUGGGGAGCAGAGGUCGUGGCAGCGCCCCCGAGAUUUUUCCAUUAAAAUUAUAGUACACGUUUCAAGACACUAAAUUUCUUCAAAUGUUUUAUUGAGUGUAGCCUUCUUAUGUGAAAAACAUACAUUGUUUAAUCUCAUAACUUGAAAUAUAUAAUGAGUUCAAUAAUGGUUACUAAGCUAAUUCUGCAUUUUUAUUGUAAAAGUGAAUGUUGUUUUUUUCCGUGGCCCCCAAAAAUAUGGCCCAUGUUGAGAACUGCUGAUUUGGACGGCUAAAACUAAACAGACACAACAAUCUACACAUCAUGUUUUAACAACAGUUUUCCACUAAAAAUAUUUGUUUUUUAUUGAUUGAUAAAAUAAAAUGUUAAAAAGGGAAUACUUAUUUCUUUUAUUAGCAUUACAAAACUAAAUUAUCCAUGACAAGUGACAUGACAACAGUAUCAAUUAUUUAUCUAAUUUAACUUUAGCUGCACAGUAAGUGAAGUACACUGUGGCAACACUCAGAACUGUGUUGGUAUCACACUGGGUCUCCUCCUGUUUUAUCCUAAUGGAGCACCAACUGAACCAGAUCACAAAGAGUCAUUACUUAUGUUUUCUUGUACUUAUGUAACUUGUAUUGUUAUCUUGUCUAAAUAGAAGUUCACUCAUAAUUUCUUUGUUUGUUAUUUUGUUUCAUGCUCUUUUAGGUUUUCCCAUGCCCUGUGAUUUAUAUUUCUUAUAGCUUCAACCUGAUCGCAUUCCUCUUCUUAUUAUACUAUUUCCUUCUGGUACUGUUCAUUGUAUAAAUAUAUAGGACUAGGUAUUUAAAAGUAAUUAGUAAUAAUAGGUUUAUGACUUCAGUCAGAAUAAGGACUGGAAGAAGCCACUCUGCUAAGUCUUUGUCUAUAAAUAUAAUUAUUCUACUAUUUUUACUUAUAAUUUAUUACUUACAAAUAAUGACUUUGGGCAGGAUAAGUGUCUAGGCUGAGCUACAACAUUAGUAUUACCCAAAAAACAACUAAAAACUUGACAUCAGCAUUUGCUGUUUCUAUGGACAGUAUUGUAUUGAAAGUGGGGGGGUGGGGGGGGGUGGGGGUGGGGGGGGGGAGAGAGAGAGUUUACACUAGUAUUUAGUAUACUCAUAAAUUAUAGUAUAUUAUGUAUGUUUGUUAAGUAUCACUAUACAGUUGUUGUUUUUUUACUGUUACUUGCAUAUCUUAACUAAAUCAGAAUUUUCCUAGUCUGCAGGUUAUGGAUUCUGAGUUUAUCUUUUAUUUAAAUUGGUUCUCACCAAGUGAUACUUGUGAAAUUUUUUUAUUGUUGUUUCUCUCAGUAAAUAAACCUCGUGUAAAUUUUGGAAUGAUUCCUAUAUGUUUCUCCAGUGGUAGUUAGGAGAAUCUUGCUUGAAAAGCUUCAAAUAUAGCUGUUACAACAGAAACUCCACACUUUGAUAAUCCAGACUCAUAUUUUGUAAUCCAGAAAUGUACAAUGCAGUAGUAGUAACGUUGUUUGUCUUAGCCACUUCUUAGCAUUGUACUGGUAACAAAACAAAAAUAAAGAAUGGUUUUAUGCCUUCAGAUCUUAACUUGACUGAAAUUGUAUGUUUCUUUCAUUAAAAUUGCCAGUAGAAUAAGUUUAUGACAAAAUAAAAAGAGUCAAGUUAGAAGGUAAACAGAUAAACUUUGUCUAAAAACUGAUAACCAGUUGUUCAUUUUCACCAAAUGAAAUUAUUUUUCUUUAAAAAUCAUUUAAGAAAGAUAAUUUUUUUAAAAAAAUCCCCGAUACUUAUGUGCUUAAGCUUAACCAUUAAACUUAUAUAAAAAUAGUAGUGAAUUUAAUAUUUAAUGUUUUGAGUUACCAGGUAUCAGAAGUUUAAAAAAAAAUUAUUAGUCUUUGAUGUUGUAGUAUUAUUGUUAACAGAAUUUUAAACUAUAUCCUCUAUAUAAUAACAGUCAGGUCAGUUUAGUGAAGACAUGAUCCCCACAGUCGGCUUCAAUAUGAGGAAAAUAUCCAAAGGCAAUGUCACAAUCAAGGUAUUUUUAAAAAAUUAAAUUUGAAAAGCAAUGGUUCUUUUUUGUAAAAAUGUAUGACCUGAAGGUUGAAAUUAAAUAUCCUAAACUGCAUAUUCAUUUUUUUCUCCAUAUUUAAAUUUUUUUUCCUCCAUAAAUAUCACUAUUGAAAAAAAAAGUGAACACUUGUCAAAGUAAUUAAUAUAUAUAUAUUUUUUUUCAACAAACAAAUUUAUGAACUAUCUUUUCUUUAACUUUAACAAAAAAAUAUUUAUAAUUUCUUACAAAUAUUUUUUUUUUCUUUGCAGCUAUGGGAUAUUGGAGGACAGCCACGUUUUAGAAGUAUGUGGGAACGGUAUUGCAGAGGUGUUAAUGCAAUAGUGUAAGUAAUUUAAAAAAUUUUAAAAUCAUCCACAGUUGUGCCAUGCCUUCCAACAGCAAGAACAACCAGCAUGACAAACAUGGGGUUUUUCUCACCUAAGGAACUAUGUCCUGCACCAUAAAUUAUAAACUAAAUAUGUGUGUGCAGUUCCUUAAAAUAUUGCAUAUUUUUGGGGGUAAACAGGGCUGUGAAACAUUAAUUGAAUUCAUGUUUUUUUUUUUAAUUGUUUUUUUUCUUGUUAAGUUUCAUGAAUUUAUCAUGUCUUAAAUUUUUUAACACAAUCAACCUCAUCUGAGAACUCACUAGGUUUGUUAUACGAAGAACCACUGCAUUUUCAAUAGAAGUAGUAAUCAUUAACUUUGUACAAUUUUUCCCUUAGUGUUUGCAAUUUGAAAUGCAAACCCAUUUAAUGAUAGAUUGAAAUUUUAAAUUUGUUAGCAUUUUUUGUAUAAAUUUCAGUUAUAUGGUUGAUGCGGCUGAUCAGGACAAAUUAGAGGCUUCUCGCAAUGAACUUCACAACCUCUUAGACAAACCCCAGCUACAAGGCAUUCCUGUAUUAGUACUAGGUAACAAACGUGAUCUUCCAGGUGCACUUGAUGAGAAAGAGCUCAUUGAAAGAAUGUAAGUUUGGAAUUUCUAGUCAAAUACUUUGAUGACAUUAAGUUCCAUAACCCCUUAGGCUGUUGGGUUGAUUGAACAGCUUUUAGCGCUUAAGAAUAUUUUUUUGGGUGAAAAUUUUCUAAAUUUAUUAUUUGUGAUAUUAAUUUGUUACUUAUUAUUUUUAUUAAAAAACAUCCUGCACAUAAAAACAUAUUCUUGAUGAUUAUAAAUCUUAAAUUACAUAAAUUUGAAUUUGUGUCCUGAGUGAGUGUUGUUUUUAUCUUACAAUUAAACAAAAAUAUGUGGUCCUCUUUUUAAAUCCUUCCUUUUUUUACACUUGACAUGUUGUGUAUCAGUUUUGAAAUAAUUAAGCAAAAUUUUAUUUUACGCUUAUUGUAGACAACUGAAAUUUUUUAUCUUUCAAAGUUUGAAUGAUCUCCCAUUUACGGAUUCUGAAAGAAAACUAUUUCAUUUUAAAUAUAUCAAAUUUAGUGAGGCACACAAUUCUUGUACACUGAUUUAAAAGCACUGACCAAAGUUACUAGGGUUUCAGUUUUUUCUACAUGAUUAAAAUAUAAUUUUAUUUAUUCUAGGAAUCUUUCUGCAAUUCAAGAUAGAGAAAUUUGUUGCUACUCUAUAUCUUGUAAGGAAAAGGAAAAUAUAGGUGGGUACAAAAAGAAAAAAUAA